CUUCCUAAACUGCUAGGUACUGGCUUCCAGAUUGGGAUCCUUCUGCCUCAGCAGGAUCCCAAAUCACUGGGAUUACAGAUUUGUGCCUCAUUGCCCGAAUUUAUUACAUUGUAUCUUAACCAUUGUUUUACACAAGUUUGAAUUUCACCAGACAAUGAACUCCCUGAGGGCAGGAACUGAGUCUCACCCAUUAGAGCCCUGGUUUGGGUGGGGUGGUGCGUAAGGGAUGUAUUUCCAGAGACAUUAACAAUGAGAUUGCUUUUCCACUUCGUUUUUAGCUGCUCAAAUCUAACUAGUUGUCCAAUCCCAGGAUACUUGCAGUAGGUGUAGGGGUAGGUAUAGGGGCCCAUUUCAUAAGGUUACAACAAACCAGGAAUCCUCAUCUCCUUUCACCUAGGUCCCACCCCUGGCAGGCAUCCCCUUUACUCCCCUCUAACUCAGGUCUAGCGGGGGUGAAUGCCCUGGAGGGCCCUUAGGAGACUUCGGCAAUUUGGCACCUGCAAUCAGUUUUACUUUAACCCAAUGAAGAAAGGUGCCCUUCGUUUUAGGGCUUCGUUUCUUCAUUUCAUACUGGGCGAGCUAGCAGAGUGGGGAAAGUGGGAGAGUCACUUCAAAAAGAAAGAGCACAGCUCCAAGGGCUACAAGAAUGGCCGAGGCCGACGCACACCCGACGCUGGAGUGCAGCUCUCCUGGCCAAGCUGGGGCUUCCCCUUACCCCCGCCUCCUUCACUAAGCCCGACCCAUUUUGGGGCGGGAUUUCCCACCUCAGCCAAUUCUGGGAGCCGAACCCUGGCGGUUUGUACUCUUUCUUUCCAAUGAGAAAAAAAGGAAGCAGCUUGGCUCCAAUGACCAAUCCGAGGAGGCGGCGCCUGGUUGUCAGGCAGGUUUGUAAGAGUUCGGGCCAAUUAGAGGCGCAGGCACCGCUCGACCCGGGCGCAGCGCGCAGGCGGUGGCGGAGAGACGCCGAGCGGGCCGAGUGCGGCCGAGCAAAGCCGGAGCCGGAGCGGGGCCGCAGGAGCCGGGCCGGGUCCGGACGGGCCGAGAUGCCCUAUAAACUGAAGAAGGAGAAGCAGGAGCCCCCCAAGCUUGCCAAAGGCACAGCCAAGCCCAGCAGCUCAGGCAAGGAUGGUGGAGGUGACAACGCUGAGGAGGCACAGCCCCAGCCCCAGCCACAGCCUCAGCCUCAGCCCCAACCUCAACCUCAAUCUCAGCCACCAUCAUCCAACAAGCGUCCCAGCAACAGCACACCCCCCCCAACACAGCUCAGCAAAAUCAAGUACUCAGGGGGACCCCAGAUUGUCAAGAAGGAGCGACGGCAAAGCUCCUCCCGCUUCAACCUCAGCAAGAACCGGGAGCUGCAGAAGCUUCCUGCCCUGAAAGACUCACCAACCCAGGAGCGGGAGGAGCUGUUUAUACAGAAGUUACGCCAGUGCUGCGUCCUCUUUGACUUUGUGUCAGACCCACUCAGUGACCUCAAAUUUAAGGAGGUGAAGCGGGCAGGACUCAAUGAGAUGGUGGAGUACAUCACCCACAGCCGUGAUGUUGUCACUGAGGCCAUCUACCCAGAGGCUGUAACCAUGUUUUCAGUGAACCUCUUCCGGACACUGCCACCUUCAUCGAAUCCCACAGGGGCUGAAUUCGAUCCAGAGGAAGAUGAGCCUACCUUGGAAGCUGCCUGGCCUCAUCUUCAGCUUGUAUAUGAGUUUUUCUUACGUUUCCUUGAGUCUCCUGAUUUCCAGCCGAACAUAGCCAAGAAGUAUAUUGACCAGAAGUUUGUCCUUGCUCUCCUGGACCUAUUUGACAGUGAGGAUCCUCGAGAGCGGGACUUUCUCAAGACCAUUUUGCAUCGUAUCUAUGGCAAGUUUUUGGGGCUCCGGGCUUAUAUCCGUAGGCAGAUCAACCACAUCUUCUAUAGGUUCAUCUAUGAGACAGAGCAUCACAAUGGGAUUGCUGAACUCCUGGAGAUCUUGGGCAGUAUCAUCAAUGGCUUUGCCCUACCCCUUAAGGAAGAGCAUAAGAUGUUUCUCAUCCGUGUCCUGCUUCCACUUCACAAAGUCAAGUCCCUGAGUGUAUACCACCCUCAGUUGGCUUACUGUGUGGUACAAUUCCUGGAGAAGGAGAGCAGUCUGACUGAGCCGGUGAUUGUGGGACUUCUUAAGUUUUGGCCCAAGACUCACAGCCCCAAGGAGGUGAUGUUCCUGAAUGAACUAGAGGAGAUUCUGGAUGUCAUUGAACCCUCAGAGUUUAGCAAAGUGAUGGAACCACUCUUCCGUCAGCUUGCCAAGUGUGUCUCCAGCCCCCAUUUCCAGGUGGCAGAGCGUGCUCUCUAUUACUGGAAUAAUGAAUACAUCAUGAGCCUGAUAAGUGACAAUGCUGCCAGAGUCCUCCCCAUCAUGUUCCCUGCACUCUACAGGAACUCCAAGAGCCACUGGAACAAGACAAUCCAUGGACUGAUCUACAAUGCCCUGAAGCUGUUUAUGGAAAUGAAUCAGAAGCUCUUUGAUGAUUGCACACAGCAGUACAAGGCAGAGAAACAGAAGGGCCGAUUCCGAAUGAAGGAAAGAGAAGAGAUGUGGCAAAAGAUUGAGGAGCUGGCCCGGCUUAAUCCUCAGUAUCCCAUGUUCCGUGCUCCUCCACCUCUGCCCCCUGUGUACUCCAUGGAGACAGAAACCCCUACAGCAGAGGACAUCCAGCUUCUGAAGAGGACGGUGGAGACAGAGGCUGUGCAGAUGCUGAAGGACAUCAAGAAGGAAAAAGUGCUGCUUCGGAGGAAGUCAGAGUUGCCCCAGGACGUCUACACCAUCAAGGCACUGGAGGCCCAUAAGCGGGCAGAAGAGUUCCUAACUGCCAGCCAAGAGGCUCUCUGACCCCCUCACCUUCCCGCAGGGUCACAGCCCACUCAGCCCUGGGACGCUGCCCCAGCCCUCCACCCUCUGCUCCCUACUGGCUGACUUGGGGAAAGGCAGCACCUCUCUAGCUAGCUACUCUAGAGGAUGGAGGCACUUGAAGCAGGGACACCCAGUGGUCUCUCUUCUCCCCAAAGCGUGUUCAUGCCUCCCUGUGGCUAGUACAGACAGGCUGAGCAUCAAGAUGCUCAGUGCAAAGAGAACCUGGGGGUGCCUGUCCCCCUUCUGCUCCUAACCCACAGCUAUCUGAGGUUGCUGAGAAGUACACACAGGAAUACAUAUGCUCCUCUCCUCUCCCCUUCAUCCUCACCUGAAUUCUAGGUGUCUCUUCCUCUCCCCUGACUGCAGAGGCAUAUAGGAAGGAGCAGGAGGUUAUUCUCACCAAAGUUAUGUCAAGCUCCACUGGCCCCUGGAGUGAGUAGCUGGAGGGGAGUCAAACUCCAGCAGCACAAAUAAGCCCCCAGCCCCAGCAGUGUGCAGGCUGACAGGGUUUUAUUAUUUCCUUUUAUUCCCUGCCUGUUGAAGAGAACAUGGAGAUCCUAAAGGAGAAAAGUACUGGCUGUGGACAACAAAGGAUGAAUAUAGAGCCCAGAUGGACCAAGCACUGGAGGGUGUAAAUAAUCACCCCUACCCUACACCCCCUCUGUGGUGAGCAGCAGCCCUGGGAUCACAAACAUGGAAGGGACCACCCUGUGGCUGACUGCUUUCCUGUGCUGUUGGUUCCCAAAGUUGAAAGAAGAAAGCAGGGAGCAGUGCCCCAAGCAUAGCUCCCCCCAAUACCUAUUUAUUUCCUUGUUUGUGCUGAUGCUGGGCAGGCCCUAACCGGUCCCUUUUGGAGAGGAAAGGGGCUGGGAGGGCUGGACCCAGGUUCCAGGAAUACAGGCAGUGUGGCUUUUGGCUGUGUACAUAGGGUGCUUUAUUCUCCACAGAAUGAUACAUGUUAAGGUGGGUUGGGCUUGGGCCAAUGUCCCCAUAUGUACAGAACUGAAUAAAGUGGGUCUCUGAGCAGAA